ACUACUACCCACCCGAGUUCCUAAACACAUUGACGCCUAAUGGGCUACCACCUCAUGUUUUGAAGCUCAAGAUUGGAUGUCCUGUUAUAUUGCUCCGGAAUAUAGACCCUGCAAAUGGACUUUGCAAUGGCACCAGGCUGGUCGUUCGUGGCUUCCAAAGAAAUAGCAUUGACGCAGAGAUUGUACUGGGUCAACACGUUGGAAAACGGAUUUUCCUACCGCGUAUACCGUUGUGUCCCUCCGAUGAAGAGAUGUUCCCUUUCCAGUUCAAAAGAAAGCAGUUUCCUGUACGGCUUAGCUUUGCAAUGACGGUUAACAAAGCACAGGGUCAGACUAUUCCCAAUGUUGGUGUAUACUUGCCUGAACCAGUGUUCUCUCAUGGCCAACUAUAUGUUGCUCUAUCUAGAGCGACGGCCCGAUCGAACAUAAAGAUUCUUGUCAUCCCAGCUGUCGAUGGGAGGAAAAAGUCAAGGAAGGGUGUAAAGACAACCCCCACCGUAUAUUGUGGGACAUAUACCAAGAACAUCGUCUACAAAGAGGUCCUAACAAAUUAGACCCAUGGUAAGAGUUGCAUGUUCAGCUAACAAACUAAUAGGAUGAUGUUUGUCUUAUGUUUGAUUGGUCUGGUGUAUUAUCGAGUCAUGUUUGCAUGCUACAAUUGUUUUUAUUAGAGACGCACAUGUUUGUGUAUUAUUAGAGCAUGCAUACUAUCUUAAAGUAUUGUUGAGUUUUGGAUCAUUUGUGAAAUUAGCAAUAAUAAUUUUUAUGCAUCUAACAAUUUGUUAUGAAUGUAGGUUUUUGUCCCGCGAGAAUGGAAUCUCUAUUUGUAGGCUUGUCUCAUAACAAGCCAAAAAAAUCGGUGGCAACCGCAAUAGUUCGAGAAGACUAUAUUUGCACGCAAGGUGAUCUUGCUCUCAUCGAUUUUAUCAAGGAAAUCCCUUGUGAACCAAGGGUAGAAGUCGUUCUUAUUGAUGAUGCCUUUGUUGAAAGGAAGUGGAUGGAGUGUUUAUUUCAGCCGAGCGCAUAUUUAGGUGACGAGGUUAUAGACUGUUACAUAAAUUUGAUAAAAGCUCAAAAGCAUCUAAAGUGCCGAUCUGGAGGUCGCGUUCACAUAGAAAAUGCUUUCCAGUUCAAUUUCCUGAAGCGAGAUGGUGAUCUUGAAAUUAAAACAGAGGAGCUAUAUCCAAUUAAAGACAUGACACACAUAUGUAGCGCUGAACGAAGGGUGUUACUUUACCUAGACCAUGACAUGGUGUUUAUUCCGAUAAACAUCCGAGAGACGCAUUGGUAUCUUGCUGUGAUCCAUGCAAGAAAUAUGGAGAUACAAGUGCUCGAUUCACUUGGUACUUCACAAGACCGCAAAGACCUCACUGACUCUAUUAAAGGACUGCAAAGACAAAUAGAUAUGAUAUCUCAACGUAAGGAGUUAAAAGACCACAGGUGGCCAGACCUCCAAGUUGCUUCUUGGCCGCUCAGAGAAAUAGACAUGGGAUAUGCAAAGCAGACAGAUAGCUCUUCAUGUGGCCUCUUUCUUUUGAACUAUAUCGAAUAUUGGACAGGGGAUGAACUGUCUGACAGUUUUACCCAGGAUGACAUGUCACACUUUAGGAAAAAAAUGGCUGCUAUAUUACUAUCUUCAGACCUGAAUAAGAGAAGGGGGUGUCUGUUAUACAAAAAUGAAAAAGAAGUUGACUCUGGAAGCCCAUCUGAUGUUGAGAUAUUAGAAAACCCAACAGAUUCUAAUAAGAGGAAACUACUCCACGUGCUUGAUGAUAGCGAAGUAGUGUUUGAAGAUGAGGAAGGCCCUAUUACUCAAGCAGACUUGCAAAGGUGGUUUGUUGAUGAUUGGGAUAAAAGAGCUCCUGUAAAAGUCUCUAACGAUGGUUGCACCAAUGACUUUUUAAUGGUUGGUCUUUCCACAAAGGACAUGCCAGUGACCAAAGCCGAUUCAAUAGAUGUUUUAUGUGAUUAUAUCAUGGCAAUAGAAGACGAUACGACACUAGAGAGAACAUGGGUGCGAAGUUUCAAUCCUUUUAAGAUAGAAAUAUCUGUCAAAGACCUGCAAAACAUAUUAACGACAACUCAAGAUAUGAUUCUAAGAUGUUUUGAUAUGGCUGUUCGGCUGCUUGCCAAUAAAGAGUCACGUAAACCGAAAGAAGAAAUCAUAAAUAAUAGAAAGCAUUAUAUGGACAUGCGUUUUUGGAGAAUGGUUGGUUUUGGUAAACUUCCAAAGUACCAUCAGGAUCCUACAACAGAAGAGUUGGCCAAAACAUUAGAUUGUUGGCCAUCAAUGAAUUAUUAUAUCACGGGUUGUAGAUAUGUUCUCAUGCCAUGGAAAUUCAAUGGAUGUCACGCCCUUUUCGUAAUAGAUCAUGUUAAAAAGCAUGUGACUUUUAUCGAUUUUACACCGACUCAAAAUUGGUGUAAACACAUGCCAUACAAGAGGUUCGCGGAAGCGAUUAUCAUGGCCUCAAAAAAAUAUAAGAUUGCUUACAACAAGAAACGUUCUGGAUGGGCGGAGGAUAUCUUUAAGUGGGAACAUACAAUUCAGACUGGUGUUCCAAUUGACUUAAGAGGGUAUUUUCUUCGUACCACCUUCUCAGCAGUUUAAAUUUUUUCUAUGAUAAUCAUUGUAUAAAACAUAGUUGCCCAAAUAUUAUUCUAUAGGUUUAAUACCAGCUACCUCGUUCUACAAGCUAUGGCCAUGUGGGGGAAUGACAAACGACUAAAAUUUGUUGGGGUGAGUGUAGUACGUUUGUUUUAUGUUCAAAACUUACAUUCUAGCUAUCUCGUUCUACAAUAUAAUAUAUUUUGUUAUCUUAUCUCUUUGUCUGUAGGAUGCAAAGACUCUUCGAAGGAACUUUGUGAUUGAUCUUUUAAGUUAUGAGGACAAUUCGUGCCGAUAUGCCAUCCCUGCAAACAUACAACAAAGACUUGCCGAUAUCGCUAAAAAGGAUUAGCUGAUUAGUGAACAGUUGUCGACACAUUUGUGAACACAUUUGUCCAAAACAUUACUUGAAGAUGACUUUGUUAGUUCCUAAGUUCAUAUAAUGUCGUAGAUCUUGGUAGCCAAUUUCAUGUGUGUGUUAGUGCUGUAUAUUUGGACCUGUCAUUUACAUUUACAUGGUGUGUGUUAUUAUUGCAAGUGCUCUAUAGUAUGCCUUUUGAUCUAUGUCAGGUUGCUCAACUUUAUUCUGGUUUGGUGAAGGUUUGUUCCUUCAACUUAAUGCAUCAGUAAUGGUUGCAUUUUCUGGUAGAUAGAACAAUACCAUUCUGUUCUCCAUUCCAAAUUUUCACAUUAUGUUGCCGCCAUAAUAGGUACCACAUGAUGUCACUGGUUGUAUGAUAACAACUAGAAAAAGAAUGCCGGUAACAGCCAGUGAGCGGGCAAUCAUCAUUUUAAAUCCUAUAUUUUGACUAGAGAGCUAUGCUGGUGAAGUAACUUUGUUUUUUUACUCGUGCAGGAGAUAUGCACAGCCGAUACAUUCCUCAGCAAGAUUACUUCUCAGAGGGACUCUACACGUUCGAUAUUGGGCAGAAUGACCUUGCUGGUGAGUUCUAUU